GUGGCGGUAAUGCACCAUUGCAUUGUUUGCCAACUGCCAAAGACAAACGCGAAGAAGAAAAAGAAGCAGAAGAAGAAGAAGAAGAAGAAGAAGCGGCGGCGGCAGUGGUGUCUGUCGACAAGUCCACAACGUUUCUUUUCGACCUAUCUGACUCCAACAAUGCCGUACGCGAACCAACCGACGGUGAAAAUCACAGAGCUGACGGACGAAAAUGUCAAGUUCGUCAUUGAAAACACCGACUUGGCGGUUACUAAUUCUCUCCGCCGUGUCUUUAUGUCAGAAGUUCCCACUAUAGCAAUCGACUGGAUCCAGAUUGAUGCCAAUUCAUCCGUACUGCAUGAUGAGUUCAUAGCGCACAGAGUUGGUCUCAUACCGCUCACAAGUGAUGACAUCGUUGACAAACUGCAGUAUUCCAGGGACUGUACCUGUGAUGAUUUCUGUCCAGAGUGUUCUGUUGAGUUGACAAUGGACGUUCGAUGUACUGAAGAUCAGACGCGUCAUGUCACCUCACGUGACCUUUUGUCCAACAACCCCAGAGUCAUCCCGGUGACUUCCAGGAGUCGAGACAAUGAUCCCAAUGACUAUGUUGAACAAGAUGACAUCUUGCUGGUAAAGCUCCGUAAAGGUCAGGAACUGCGACUCAGGGCAUAUGCCAAGAAAGGCUUUGGUAAGGAGCACGCCAAGUGGAACCCAACAGCGGGGGUGUCCUUCGAGUACGACCCAGACAACGCAUUGCGGCACACAGUCUACCCACGACCUGAGGAGUGGCCGAAGAGUGAAUACUCAGAGAUUGAGGAGGAUGAGGUUCAGGCUCCCUAUGACCCCAACGGAAAACCGGAAAGGUUCUUCUACAACGUUGAGUCAUGUGGCUCUCUGCGCCCGGAGACCAUUGUCAUGUCAGCACUGGCCGUCCUCAAGAAGAAGCUGAGUGACCUGCAGACCCAGCUGAGCCAUGAGAUCCAGAAUGAUGUGCUCACCAUCAACUGAGGGCGUUUCACCCACAGACCAGGACUCUGUGGUGAUCCCAGGGCUGGUUCUGGGAUCACGUCACAGUACUGUUCUUAUGUUAACUGGAUUUCAGAAUUCUUUCAGCACAAGCUGUGAUUGUAGCACAAGUCGGGUUUGCUGAGGCGUGUAAUAGAAGAGUUCCUCAGAAAGAUACAAAUUUGGUUUUGUGUCAAUCAGUGUGACGCCAAUGGACCAUUGUAUUAUUUUGUUAAACGUACCUCUUUACAUAAAUUUUUUUUUGGAGAAUUUGAUUGAACCUUUUUUUUUUUAUAUAGAACCUAAUGCAGCAAAAAGAUGCUUGGGCAAAUUUCCAUUUGUAGUCUCUGGGCAGGUUUAGAGAAAUAAAACUACCACAAAUGGA